CUGGGGCCACAUGAGCGGCCCUUCCCCUUCUUGACCCCAAAGCAGUGGGGCGCUGGAGGGAAGCCCAGACACAGCUGGUGGAACAGCAGGCCCUCUUCACAUCCUGGCCCCUGCUGGGACCCGUGCUGCCCCUCCUGCCUCUGUGCCCCCUCCUCCCAGAAAUCCACCAUGGAGACUAAGGAUGAGGUCAGCGACACGGACAGUGGCAUCAUCCUGCAGUCUGGCCCGGACAGCCCCGUGUCCCAGACCAAGGAGCUAACCCACGCGGUGCGCAAGCAGCAGAGGGCCCUGGAGGCGCGGCUGGAGGCCUGCCUGGAGGAGCUGCGGAGGCUCUGCCUGCGAGAGGCGGAGCUGACGGGCACCUUGCCGGAAGAGUACCCCCUCAAGCCGGGAGAAAAGCCCCCCAAGGUGCGCCGCAGGAUCGGAGCCGCUUACAGGCUGGAUGAGUGGGCCUUGCGCCGGGAGGACCCCCAGAGCGGCCUGGAGCGCCAGCUGGCCCUGCAGCUGCAGAUCACCGAGGCGGCGCGGAGGCUGAGCUCCGAGGACAACCUCAGCCGCCAGGCGCGGCGGCAGCGCAAGCACGCGGCGCUGCAGGAGGAGAAGAAGCUGCGCGAGCUGCAGCGCUGCCUGGGAGAGCGCAGGCGCAGCAGUGAGCCCCCGCCCACCACGCUGGGCCGAGAGCUCAGCGCUUCAGAUGAUAGCUCCCUGUCUGAUGGGCUCCUCCUGGAAGAAGAGGACUCACACAUGCCAAAACCUCCCCCAGAGUCCCCGGCCCUACCUUCCCGGCCUCUCCCUCCCCAGAGUCUCGAGGGGCUGCAGCCAGCAGGGCCUGAGCCGGGGGGCCUGGAGCGGGCCCCCAUCCAGAACAGCCCUUGGAAGGAGACCAGCCUCGACCAUCCCUAUGAGAAGUCCAGGAAAUCUUUGGAGCCCAGCAGCGAGUCUAGUAGCCCAGCCACUACGCCGCAGGACGGGGCCCUCACCUCCAGCCUGUGGCUGCUAGAACCCGUCCCCUACCACAUGGUCCCCAUCCGCAGCGUUCCUGGCCAGCGACAGGGCCGCACCAGCGCCCCCGCCACCCCCGAGAUGCAAGGCAGGCGGGGCCAGGCACAGUCCCUGAGGGACAAGGAUGACAAGUACCCUGGUUUGCUCACCCACGGUCUCCCUUCUUCUCCCCCCUGGCAGGUGCCCACCGUGUGUGUGCUCCGGAGAUCGCCCGAGGGGGCUCCUGUGCAAGUCUUUGUCCCUGAAAAUGGAGAAAUCAUCAGCCAAGUGGCAUUCAGGGAUUACCCAGCUGUUGAGGCCGGGCAAGCCUGCAAGCUAGCUGCCCGCACUGAGACCGGCAUCUCCACCGAAGACCUCUCUGAUGCCCAGUUUGAGAGAGCUGCAUUCCAGUUUUGCCUGCGUAGAACUCUUCCCCUGCAGGAUCCUGGGACUGAGAACCUCACAGAAGGCUGCAAGAACGUGGUGCCCUUCUCCAUGUUGGCCCGUGGCACUGGAGUGGCCGGCCCUCGGCUGCAGGACUGGAACUAG